UGCGGGCGGGCGGGCGCCGGGCGGGCCGCGGGGGACUCAGGAAGCGCCGCGCUCCCGGCCGCCGGGCGCCGUGCGAUCCGGAGGUCCGGCAGUGCACACAGGUCCGGGGUCGGCAUGGCGGAGCCCAGCGAAAGCCCCCGCGAGGGGCCCAUGGAGGUGGCGGAGCCCCUGGGGGAUGAGAGUGGCACCUCUGGUGGGGAGGCCUUCCCCCUCUCUUCACUGGCCAACCUGUUCGAGGGGGAGGACGGCUCCCCCGUGCCCUCACUGGAUGCCGGACGCCCCACUGGUGCAAGCGACGGGCGUCCGAACCUGCGCAUGAAGUUCCAGGGCGCCUUCCGCAAGGGGGUGCCCAACCCCAUCGACCUGCUGGAGUCCACCCUGUACGAGUCCUCCGUGGUGCCCGGGCCCAAGAAGGCGCCCAUGGAUUCUCUCUUCGACUACGGCACCUAUCGUCACCACCCCAGUGACAACAAGCGGUGGAGGCGGAAGGUCAUGGAGAAGCAGCCGCAGAGCCCCAAAGCUCCUGCGCCCCAGCCGCCCCCCAUCCUCAAAGUCUUCAACCGGCCCAUCCUCUUCGACAUCGUGUCCCGGGGCUCCACCGCCGACCUGGACGGGCUGCUCCCCUACUUGCUGACUCACAAGAAGCGCCUGACUGAUGAGGAGUUUCGGGAGCCAUCCACGGGGAAGACCUGCUUGCCCAAGGCCCUGCUGAACUUGAGCAAUGGGCGGAACGACACCAUCCCCUUGCUCCUGGACAUCGCGGAGCGUACCGGCAACACCCGCGAGUUCAUCAACUUGCCCUUCAGGGACAUCUACUACCGAGGUCAGACUGCCCUGCACAUCGCCAUCGAGCGCCGCUGCAAACACUACGUGGAGCUGCUCGUGGCCCAGGGAGCCGACGUCCACGCUCAGGCCCGGGGCCGCUUCUUCCAGCCCAAGGAUGAGGGGGGCUACUUCUACUUUGGGGAGCUGCCCCUGUCGCUGGCCGCCUGCACCAACCAGCCCCACAUCGUCAACUACCUGACGGAGAACCCGCACAAGAAGGCGGACAUGCGGCGGCAGGACUCGCGCGGCAACACCGUGCUGCACGCACUGGUGGCCAUCGCGGACAACACCCGAGAGAACACCAAGUUCAUCACCAAGAUGUACGACCUGCUGCUGCUCAAGUGCGCGCGCCUCUUCCCCGACAGCAACCUGGAGGCCGUGCUCAACAACGACGGCCUCUCGCCCCUCAUGAUGGCCGCCAAGGCAGGCAAGAUCGGGGUCUUUCAGCACAUCAUCCGUCGGGAGGUGACGGAUGAGGACACCAGACACCUGUCCCGCAAGUUCAAGGACUGGGCCUAUGGCCCCGUGUAUUCCUCGCUUUACGACCUCUCCUCUCUGGACACGUGUGGGGAAGAGGCCUCUGUGCUGGAGAUCCUGGUCUACAACAGCAAGAUCGAGAAUCGCCACGAGAUGCUGGCCGUGGAGCCCAUCAACGAGCUGCUGCGAGACAAGUGGCGCAAGUUCGGGGCCGUCUCCUUCUACAUCAACGUUGUCUCCUACCUGUGCGCCAUGGUCAUCUUCACCCUGACCGCCUACCACCAGCCACUGGAGGGCUCCCCCCCCUACCCUUAUCGCACCACGAUGGACUACCUGAGGCUGGCCGGGGAGAUCAUCACGCUCUUCACCGGGGUCCUGUUCUUUUUCACCAACAUCAAAGACUUGUUCAUGAAGAAAUGCCCUGGAGUGAACUCCCUCUUCAUCGAUGGCUCCUUCCAGCUACUCUACUUCAUCUACUCCGUGCUGGUGAUUGUCUCGGCCGCACUCUACCUGGCUGGGGUGGAGGCUUACCUGGCUGUCAUGGUCUUUGCCUUGGUCCUGGGCUGGAUGAACGCGCUUUACUUCACACGCGGGCUGAAACUAACAGGGACUUACAGCAUCAUGAUCCAGAAGAUCCUCUUCAAGGACCUGUUCCGCUUCCUGCUGGUCUACUUACUCUUCAUGAUCGGCUAUGCCUCAGCGCUGGUGUCCCUGCUGAACCCGUGUGCCAACAUGAAGGUGUGCAACGAGGACCACACCAACUGCACGGUGCCCACGUACCCCUCCUGCCGCGACAGCGACACCUUCAGCACCUUCCUGCUGGACCUCUUCAAGCUGACCAUCGGCAUGGGUGACCUGGAGAUGCUGAGCAGCACCAAGUACCCCGUGGUGUUCAUCAUCCUGCUGGUCACCUACAUCAUCCUCACCUUCGUGCUGCUCCUCAACAUGCUCAUCGCCCUGAUGGGGGAGACGGUGGGCCAGGUCUCCAAGGAGAGCAAGCACAUCUGGAAGCUGCAGUGGGCCACCACCAUCCUGGACAUCGAGCGCUCCUUCCCCGUGUUCCUGAGGAAGGCCUUCCGCUCAGGCGAAAUGGUGACGGUGGGCAAGAGCUCGGACGGCACCCCGGACCGCAGGUGGUGCUUCAGGGUGGACGAGGUGAACUGGUCUCACUGGAACCAGAACUUGGGCAUCAUCAACGAGGACCCGGGCAAGAAUGAGAGCUACCAGUACUACGGCUUCUCGCACACCAUGGGCCGCCUUCGCAGGGAUCGCUGGUCCUCCGUGGUGCCGCGCGUGGUGGAACUCAACAAAAGCUCGAACCCAGACGAGGUGGUGGUGCCUCUGGACAGCAUGGGGAGCCCCAGCUGUGAUGGCCGCAAGCAGAGCUACCCCCCCAAGUGGAGGACUGAUGACGCCCCCCUCUAGGGGCUGCAGGCAGGGGUGCGAUCACCCACCUACAGCCCAGCCCCCUCCCGUCCACCCACCUGUUUCUGGUCCACCCGCAUUUCAGCCUCACGGUCCGCUCCGUGGACCCCCAGAGGUGAGGGCCAGGCGGAUGUGCCGGGCUGGCCCCAGGACCCUCUGGUCACCAGGUUCCUGCCCCCAGGUCUGUGUCCCCACCUGGCACAGGGCCCCUGGCCGCCUGUCUCACUCCCAUGGAGUCACAGGAGCUGGAGCCAGGGACGUUUCGCCCCCAGGGGCUUCUGCUGCCUCUCCAUUAUUUAUUUGCUCUGCUCAGGAAAGCAACAUGGCCCCCGCCCCCAACGGAACCUGGCAGUGGCCCCGGGACCCUGGUCCAGCUGCAGCGCUGGCCCAGCACCACAUGCUGCCGCUGGGUGGCCUUGCUGAGGGCCAGGACCUUGGGGUGGGCCGCCCCUUCUGUACGUUCUGUAGAGGGUCCGGGGUUUGUUGGUGCUCAAUAAAUGUUCAU